AUGAGCAUUGGAAGAUGCAACGAUGUGGUGGUGGACACCUCCUUCAGCACCGAUCACGACAAGGGCCGGCGGCUUCGCUUCAUGCACAAGGACGGCAGGUUCCCCGUGGUCUUCCAUAAGAUCCCCAGGGAAUGGAGUCCAUACCUGUUGGACAUCUUCACCACUCUGGUGGAGAUACGCUGGAGGGUAAUGCUCCUGGUCUUUUCACUGUCCUACAUAGUCUCUUGGCUGUUCUUUGGGCUUUGCUACUGGCUCAUCGCGUACGUACACGGAGACCGAGCCGGAGAUACGGACGAUCCCUGCGUGCUCAACGUACACGACUUCACCUCGGCGUUUCUCUUCUCCAUGGAGACGCAGGCGACCAUUGGGUAUGGCUCCAGGGGCAUGACGGAGAACUGCGUCACCGCUAUGGCUGUGGUGACCAUUCAGGAUGUCUUUAGCUGCCUCCUGGACACCAUCGUUAUUGGUAUAAUCAUCGCUAAAAUGGCGUCAGCACGAAAGAGAGCUCAAACGGUUGGCUUCAGCAGAUUCGCCGUGGUCAACCGUAGGGACGGCGUUCUGUGUCUGUCGUGGCGGCUCGGAGACUUCCGAGGUAAUCACAUACUAGAGGGCGCCGCUCGGGCGCAGCUCGUCCGUUACUCAAAACAAUCCCGAGGUUCCGUGGUGAUCUCUUACCAAGAUGUGGACAUUCAAAACCGGGAUCUCGUACUAGCCACGCCCGCCACGGUCAUACACAAACUAGAACCGGGCAGCCCGCUCUAUAACAUUGGUCCUCAACAGCUUCUGGAGGAGGACUUUGAGCUUGUGGUGUCCUUCACUUACACCGACGACUCCACGGGCAUGCUUCACCAGACGCGCACCUCCUACACGCCCGCCGAUAUCCGCUGGGCACAACGCUUCCGGGAAGUUCUCAAAGUGGGCAAAAAGCACUACAAGGCGGACUAUGCUCUUUUUAAUGAAAUCACGUGGGUGGCCACCCCCAUGUUGAGUGCCGAGCAGUAUGAAAGCGGAUGGAGGAGGCCUGUUCUUUUGGACUCAGGCCUUCACAAGAGAGGCCGCCGCCGUGCAGAGGAGGACUUGCAGCAAACACAUUUGUAA